AUGGCGAAAGGUGUUGCCCUCAAGUUCCUGCAGUGGUUCAUCCGGGGCGUCCAGUUCGGCUGCGCCGCCAUUGUCCUCGGCAUCUUCUCCUAUUUCCUAGCCACCCUCUCCAACCACAACAUUCACAUUGCGACCUAUGUGCGCGCCGUGACGGGCAUCUCGGGCGCCGCUGUGCUCUACACCAUCCUCGGCCUCGUCCUGCUCUGCUGCCUCGCCGGUCGCAUCUUCACCUCGGCCAUCGCCAUCCUCCUCGAUCUCGCCUUUGCCGGCGCCUUCAUCUACGUCGCCUAUGCCAACCGUCACGGCGCCUCCUCCUGCAACGGCUACGUCGAUACCCCCUACGGCCGCGGCCGCUCCGCCGCCGACGUCCAGGGCACCGACGGCUUCACGAACCUGCCCUCCUUCCGCCAGGCCUGCCGCCUGCAGAGCGCCUGCUUCGCCGUCUCCAUCAUCGCCAUCGUCUUCUUCCUGCUCUCCAUCCUCGUCGAGGUCUUCCUCGUCCGCCACCACAAGAAGGAGAAGCGCUUCGGCCCCGGCCCCCGACAACAACUACACCUCGGGCUCCGGCGGCAAGAAGACCCGCGGCUCCGGCGGCGGCCUCUUCGGCUGGCCUACAACACCGAGGCCACGGCCGUCGCUCCGGGUCAGGACGCUCACCCUUACUCGCACCCCAAGACGGAGGUGGGCUACGGCUACACCAACGGCACCGGAAACGGCAUCGCCAACGACCACGUCGUCCCGCCCGGCACGGCCUAUGGCGUCUCCAACGAGACCCACACCCACGACGCCGCUUACGCACAGCCCCUGCCCCAGCAGACGGCGGGCGUUCACACCGGUCAGACGAACCCGUACCGCUACGAGGACGGCACCUUUGACCGUCGCUGA